UGCACCAGCACUCUCCCAUCCACAGCCACAGGGUGCACAGCGGCUCAGGAUCCACUUCACCGCCGCUCCGACACAUCUGUGUGCAUGCGUCUCCGCCGUGCGUAAAAGUUGUAGACAUUUACAGACGUGACACUUGGACUGUCACAUACGGGGCGAUUGUGGAGCGUUUUAAAUCCACCACUAUAUCAAAAAGAAGAAGAAAACUGCGAUUGUGAUUUUCUAUCUUGGGAAACCAGAAAUUGACGAGGGGGUUCUAUUUGCUCUUUAUGAAAUUACUGUCAGAAGAAGCGGAUUUUAUUUCCAAACACUGGAUGAGACCUCUGCGCCGCGUCCUGUGCCAUGAGAGAAAUGAGUCCCAGGCUCCUGCGUUUCUGGGGGAAUAUACUGACUGUUUCCGUGUCUGUGGUGGCAGGUGGUGUCUCACGGAAUACAACAGUUUGGUUUUAAAUGGAGAAGAGCCGCUCAGAGGGGAUAAAUUGUGUGCAAAGUUGCGCCGAUCGCUGCUGAGCUGAGGGGACUUUUUAUCCAUUCGGCUUCCCCCGAAUAAAACGUCAGACAUGGAGCUGCUCCGGUGCGUGGGACUCACCGCGCUUCUCCUGUGCACAGUGGUGGACAGCAAGGUGAUCCUGGAGGGCCUGCAGAGGUACGGCCCCACGCCAAUCUAUCUGCCUGUCAGCUACCGGAUCCUCAAUGCAGAGUCAGCGUUCUUCUUACAGGAGGCAAACCAGGACUUAAUGAGGAACUCCAGCCUGCAGGCUCGCACAGAGUCCUUUUUCAUCCACCAGGCCCGCCAGAUGCCCUUUGUCAACGCUAGCUAUGGACCGCUGUCUGUCCAGCAGCCUGUCCCUCUGGAGCUGCUGCAGACGCUGCCAGGGCCGUUUAACGCUCUCUCCUUCAUCCCGUCAUCGUCAGUGCCAACAUCAGCGUCAUCGACGCCCCUCUUUACAUUCAACUGGAAGGUCCACACCUACAUUAUCAGCGAGAGGAUUCACCCCAGCUGGCCCAAAGUUCAAGUGUUGUUCUACAUCGCGGGCAGGGACUGGGAUGAUUACAGCGCCAUCCACAAGCUGCCCUGCGUCAGGAUGUUUGCCUUUCACGAGACUCAAGAGGUGCGUGGGACAUGCAGGUUAAAAGGUGAGCUGGGUAUAUGUGUGGCUGAGCUGGAGCCUCUGGCCAGCUGGUUUAGCCCACCCAGUGUCAGGCCUGGUAGGCAGCGAGUGUCUGAGCAGGCCCAGGGCACUCCUGUGGAGCUCUACUACAUGGUUCAAACCACUGACAGCGGAGACUGCAACUCAGAGGAUUCAAGAAAGGCCAGCACUGUUCGCACGGCCCAGCAGAGGCCCUUGGGUUAUUUUGCAGGGCACACUCCUAUGCAGCGCAUCGGGAGCGUCAGGCUGUUUCAGCCACUAUCAGAGCUGAAGCUGGACAAUAACUUUGUGGUGAUGGUGCCCUCCAAACCCAUCCGGCAGAGAGAAACCGUCUCGACUUUUCUGGCUCUUUCCACGCUUUCUUCAGUCCAAAUUUUCACCCUCAGGGUGAAGCUGAAGGACGGCGUGGCCUUCCUGGGAGCCAGAGCCAGUAACCCGGUUAUGUGGACGGUGAGUCAGGAUGUCAGAAGUGAAGGUCACCGGGUCGUCACCCUGCACUGUCACAGGAAGGAGAACAGUUUCAGUCAAAGAAUGGAAGCAGUGGGCUACCAGCGAGUGCUGCAGGUAGACCUGGAGGUGAACGGGCUCCUGGUGACUCAGGGGGGCAGGCAGGUGACAUGGCAGGUGGAGUAUCCGCUAACACGCACCCUGACCAGCGAGGUGCAGACCCUCAUCCGCCUGGCGCCGCAGGACCUGGGUGGGAUUGUUCCACUAGCCAUGGACACUGAGAUCCUCAACACAGCCGUCCUCACCGGGCGUACCGUCGCUGUUCCAGUGAAGGUAGUCACAGUAGGGACAGAUGGAGCCGUCUCUGAUGUUACGGAGUCUGUUGAGUGCAGGUCAACAGACGAGCAGGUUAUCAAGGUGUCCGAACGCUGUGAUUAUGUGUAUGUCAAUGGAAAGGAGACGAGAGGAAAGAGCAGGGUGAUGCUCAACUUCACCUACAGCUUUCUGAGCGCACAGCUGGAAAUGAGCGUAUGGAUGCCUCACCUGCCCUUGCUCAUCGACGUGGCCGACCCUGAGCUCAGCCAGAUUAAGGGCUGGAGGGUUCCUGCUAGUACCAACAACAGGAGGUACGAGAGGGUCACUGAUGACAAGGAUGGCGCCACCACUGCAGAGGACAGGGCAGAGAACACCUGUGGAGCCCAGUACCAGAGCACCACUCUGCGUGUUCUCACACACUUCGUGGCCGACACCGGAGAAAUCAGAGGAGCCGCGGACGACGACGGACUCGGUCAGCAGAACUUCCUGCUGGGUACCGACUGGCAGGUGGAUGUGACCCAGAUGGUUAAGGAUUCUCUGAGGGUGGAGGACCCGAGGGUUGCCCAGCUGCUGGAGGGUCAAGUCGUGAUCGGGGUUAAUGCUGGAACCACCAAACUACAGGUAUUGUCCCCUUUGACAUCGUUAGUCCUGGCUGAAAGGAGCAUCAGAGUGCUGGAUGAUAAAGUGAGUGUGACAGAGCUCGGAGUUCAGUUGGUAUCUGGACUAUCUCUGUCCCUGCAGCUCAGCCCUGGGAGUAACAGAGCCAUUGUUGCCACUGCAACAACACAGGAAGUCAUCGAUUCGCUGAAACAGGAAUCCCUCAUCAGUGCUUGGCUGCAGUUCAGCGAUGGCUCCAUGACUCCUCUAGACAACUACAACCCUGCCCAUUUCACCCUGGCAGCCACCUCUUUGAAUGAAAAGGUGGUGUCGGUGCAGCAAAGUGCAGCAUGGAAGUGGCCCAUCAUUGUCGCCAAGGGCCAAGGUCAGGGUUUGCUUGUGCGUGUUGAAAUGAGCCCAUCAGAUAUGUGCCAGAAGGGCAAACGACGCACCAUUUUAGCCACUGGAAUGGUAAACAUACAGGUAAGGUUUGGUCAGUCAGAAGAACAAUACAGACAACCAGGAGACCGACGAACACGUCCCGAUCCUCCGUACUAUGGCGGCUCCAUCUCUGACAUGGAAACUGGGCUAAUUAACCGUGGAGCCACUACCAUCAGGGGCCAAGUUCCAGUGAGGCCAAAUGGGGGUCGUUUAUCAGCGGACAGUGGGGCGAGGGUCCCAAACGAAUUCUCCGAAUAUCCGGACCAGGCCGAGCUGCCUCGGAGCCGCAGCACAGACGACGACUUGUCGCCUUCUCGACGAGGCCUAACAGACUUGGAGAUUGGUAUGUACGCUCUACUGGGAGUCUUCUGCCUGGCCAUCCUGGUUUUUCUCAUUAACUGCAUCUCGUAUGCAUACAAGUACCGUAGCAAGCAGCUGUCCUUAGAAGCUCCAGAGGCAAUGCCCCAUGCCCACGACUGGGUUUGGCUUGGCCAGGAGGAGGGUCUAUGUCUGCAGCAACAGCAGCAGGAUGACCUGGGCGGCACCCUGGAGGAAGGUAGUCAGCUACUAAAUGGAGGCGUCCAGCGGGGGAAUAUUGGUGGAGGAGGAAGUGGGAGGGAUCAUAGGAAUGAGUCGCUUAACUCACCCACCACCAAAAGAAAGAGGGUGAAGUUCACCACCUUUUCCAGCGUCAAGUCCAGCAAUGGAUGUCCAGUGCUCAGCCCAUUAGCACUAGUGCAGACCAGUGAGAUAAAAUGGGUAUGUCCAGACAUCGAGCUCGGGGACUCAAAGGAUCUUAGGAACUACAUGGAAAAGCUUAAUGAGAAUGCAAUUAAGAACAUUGCAUAGGGGGUACUGGGUGUUUUCAGUGAACUAAAGAGAAACUCACCUGAAUGCCUUCAGAUUAAGGAGGGAAGGAGAGAGAAAAGGAAAGAGGAACAGAAUAAGGGGUGAGGAAAACAGACUGAGGCGGUUGUUAAGCUGUAGUCCUCACCAUACCAACGGGAUAACGCAUUCAGCCGCUGUCGUUUCCAUGACAGUACUCACAAAGUGUCAAGCAAUGGACUACAACAAGGCACGAUCUGCCAUAACACCACAGCAGUUAUGAAGAGGGAAAUGUGAAAUUGGUAUUGUUGCUUAACUUAAAUGUAUGUUCUUUGUCUUCAAUUGAGGUUCAGUUUCACUUUUUUCUAUGCGCCAUCUACAGUGUUUUAUGUUUUUUUUUAAUUUAAAUCCACGUUUUAAUGUAGUAUUUGUUGUACUUUUCGCACUUUUUCUUUUUUUAGAGUUGCUGUAUGCUCUGUACCAUGUCAGCAAUUAUAGAUUCUAGGAGAGAAGAAUUAAAAGCAAUUUUGUAUUGUAUAUAAAAGCAGAGUUUGAUUUAAAGGUACUAUAUGUAUAGUAACAUUUGGUAAAGUGCUGUUUGGUUCCGUUUUGGUUUUGUUUGGUUUUAUUUUUGCUUUGUCUCCAGAAAUCAGAUCCAUGCAUGAUGUUAUUUAAGAGGAGGCAUGUGUGUCUGAUGUGGUACAUGAAAUGAAAAUGUGUAGAUACCCAAUACCAGUACCCCUGGAGACAUGUCAGUUUAGUAUUAUUGCAUUCAUUCAUCAUGGAUAAGUUUGGGGUUGGAUUCAGUCUGUUGAUAUUGGUUUGAAGAGUUUUGUUAGCCCCUAUAUUUUCCCUUCUUAUGUUAAUGUUAUUGUUUAUGCAACCCUCUUUUUAUUUAUUUGCAUACUUCACAUGAAGUAGACUUUUUAUACUAAUUAAAUCAGAUGGCUUCAUGUUACAAUUAAAUUAGAGCAAGUUACAGUCAACUGAAAAAUAAUGAUAACUAUCAAUAGACAAUCAUAUAAAUAAUGUAUGACCCAAGGUCUUCAUGUAUAAUUGUUCAAGAAAAAUCUGCCCAGUUUACAAAUUAUAUGGCAUGAAUUAGUUGGAGAUCGUAAAACACGCUGAAUUUCUCAAAAUACUCUCUAUGGCAUCUUGGAUCUGAGAAAAGAAGUCAUGGAUCAAAAGCCGUGAAAUGAAAGUCCAAAUCUGAACCGGUCACUCCUUUUGUCAUAUGGCAGUAUUACACAAGUCCAUCCUUUUCUACUGUAUCACUGUUUUAAAAUUGGCUGCUGGACUAAUUAAAAACUGAAGGUGACUCUU